AUGGAAGAGGGACAACAUCCAACACUAAAGAUGAAUUUAACAACAGAGUCAGCUCAACUUGUGAAGACUUUGCUGGACAAACAGCGCCACCCAGUCUCUCCUGACUCUCCUCCCAGUGAGAUGAAGACUAUAACCUGGGUUGCUAUCAGAGACUUUACAGUGGAAGAGGGGAAAAGGCAGAUUGAGGAGUACAUUCAGACCUGGGAGCUGCUGCCCUGCUGGCUCCACAGCCUGGACUUCCUCUGCUCCACCGAGAAGGAACAUAACACCUUCUACCACUACCGGGCCCGCUUCAGUACCACGACCUGGAAGAAGCCUAUUCAGGGGACAGCUAGCGUGUAUUUCGUGGUGUACAUCCCUAAAGUUAGACCCAACACUCUGCCCGUGGAGGUGCACUUUGCGGUGGAGUCAAACCGGCUGAUGCACACCCCCGGGAGGACCAGGUUCAGAGAGGGGUGGCUGGUGGAUGUCAUUGAUAGCAAGACCCUGCUCCGAAAAGUGGUCAACCUUUGA